AGCCAAAAUCACUGAAAAAUGGGCUUCCAAAAUAUCCCUAGAAAAAUCCCUAAAUUUGGGAAAAUUCCCUGUUCUCGAAAGUAAGGAAAAUCCCUACCAUAUACUCUCACAUGCGUGGGCUAAUCGCUAACCAAGCAUACCAUCGCUUACCACCCCAAAACAGCCCCGAGCCAUGACUCAAGGUCAUCCGGGACUCAGGCUGAACAGGCCCGGGCUAUACCCGGCCCUCAGCACGGCAGCCGUUGGGCUGCGUGUUCAAAAAAAAUAAUAACUACGCGUGGUGGACCUGGUCUCACAUGCAUGGGUUAAUCGCUAACCAAGCAUACCAUCGCUAGCCAAGCGUACCAUCGCUAACCAAGCGUACCGUCGCUAACCAGACGUUUGUAGAAAAAAUAUAUGAAGACCUAGUGAUGUUUCAUAAGAUGGAGCCCAUGACCCUCGGCAGCCCAGUGGGAUCCCCAGUGGCAGCGGCCACCCAUCCUCCUCCCACCAGCACCAGUGGCAGCACCUUCCUGCCUUCCUACCUCAUGGGGGACAUCACAUCACCUGCUUCAAGUGGGCGCCUUGGAGGUGGUGGAGGGACCAGCCCAAACAAGACCACACGACAGUUUUCCUCCCCCUCCAUGCCCUCCCCUGGCUCUCCUCAGCCUGCGAAAGAUGCCUUCUUCUCUUCCAAACUGGGGCCAGACAAGCCAGGGGGGCCGCCUACGCAGGGACUAACAGGUGUGCGUGGACCACCAACCCUUCCCCAGUCACCCAUCCCAUCCCGUCUUGGCAGCCCCUAUGUUGAUCAGCGCUUGCUAAGUAUGCCAAUUGGUGGAUUCAGCACUCCCACUUCUCCCAUGAUGUCCACCCCAACCUUCAACACCCAAGCCUUCACUCCUUCUAGGGAUCCCUCUGGCUUCCUCACCCAAGACUCUCACCAAAUGACAGCAGGAGACAUACUGGAGGACACAUGGGUCACAGUGUUUGGGUUCCCACCAGCAGCCGCAUCGUACAUCUUGACACAGUUCACCCAGCUUGGCACCAUCACUGAGCACCACAACCCAGGCUCAGGGAACUGGAUGCAUCUUAAGUAUAUGACCAAACUCCAGGCCAGGAAGGCUUUGAGUAAGAAUGGCAAGGUGUUCAGUGGCAACAUUAUGAUUGGCGUGGUGGCUUGCACUGACAAAAUGGUGACUGGUGACAAGGAGAAUCUUUCCACCAAUCUGAGUAGCAUCAUGUCUCCUGCCAACACAAGCCUCUCCGGCACCCCCAAGUCCAGCAUCCGGCCACUCACACAAGCUUACCAGACUGUCCAUGCAGAGCAUGAGGUGAUACCUAAAGUCAACACUCCCAAGAAGAAUGACAGUUUAGUGUCCAGAGCCAUGCAACACAUAUUAGGCAUAUAGGAAAUCAUGAUUAGUAGACUGUGAUGUUGGUCUUAUUUUUUUAAUUGAAUGAAUUGUAUGAAAAGCAAUGGUAACAUUGACACUGCAUGCUAUGCAAGCACACAAGUUGGACUAGACAGCAUUUUUGCUGAUAUGGGUUAUGUAAUAAGAUUAUAUGGUCCUCUUGUGUAAGACUCAGUAUGCAAGUAAUGAAAAGCUCAUGUAUUCAUCAAUUUACACCCCAGAAUGCUUGGGAAUGAAAGAGAUCAAAAUGUAUACAAAAACUGAAUGCUAACUUUUCUUUUUUCAAGUAUUAGUGUCUUAGCUGUCAUGUUUUAAACAUGUCUUUUAACUGUUGAUUGUUACAAUAAAAGUUUUACUACAA